UAUACUGAUGCACACACCCCGAUCCUCAACACCCCCCAAACCAGUGCCCUUGUUUUGGUCACCACCUGGACAGCUGUACUCUCUCUCUCACUCUCCAUCUCUCUCGCUCUCUCUCAUCUCUCUCGCUCUCUUUCAUCUCUCUCUCUCUUAAAUAUAAAAUACUCAUUUUUACGCAUCGUAAUCUUAACUUAAUCAGCUGAAUCUACAGGUCAAGCCAUGGACGAUUCGUGGUUGUCUCCGUGUCCGCGGUCCCAUUUUUCUUCCCCAAUUUCAUCCUCCUCUACACAUGAUGUUUACACAAACAGAAACAAAAGAAAAGCUAGGGAAGAUGCCGCAUCCAGCUCUCCAAAGAUCUCAUGUUGUUGUCACUUUACAGUAGGUGAUCUCUUGAAGGAGCUUGAUUCAGGUAAAUAUGGAAAUGUUUCCAAAGAGAUGAAUGAUCUGUUCGACCGCAGAAUGGCUUCACUGCAGCCUUUUUAUAAAACUCUGUCCAAAUCUGCGAGCAGCUACCCUGUUGAUGAUGGCCAUGACACGACAAAGCAGUCCAAUAUAGGAGACGAUUUAGAUGAACUGGAUAAUGGGAACAAGAGAAGGGAUGCAGCACAUCAUAUAAUUAUUAUUGAUUCAGAUGAAGAGCCUGAAGAUCAAAUAGUUGCCCAAGUACAUCAGGAUGACCUCUUGACAGAAAGCCCUGCUAAUGUUUUAAAGGCUUCCAUAGAUGGUGAUCCAAGCGUUUCUGAUAAAUCAAGGAAAGACAAUGGCUUCAAUGUACAUAUGGAAGAUAAUAUGGUAGAGAAAACCAAAGAGCCAAGCCUUGUUCCUGAAACAUAUAUUCAGGAAAAGGACACUUAUACCAGUGUGAAGGAUGACUUAGCUGCGGAAAACAAAGAGCCAAGCUUGUUUCCUGAAACAUAUAUUGAGAAGAAAGGUACUUAUAUCGGUGUGGAGGAUGAUUUCACUGAUGAAGAUGAUGAGCAGUAUGAAAACAAUGGUGCAGAGCUGGCUGGUAUGUUUCAGGAGAUGACAUUUGCAUUAGAAUCUUGCAAGGAUACCUCUGUAAAUGAUUCUCCCCAUGAGCACGAAACAGAUGAUGAGGAAGAUUGCGACCAUUCUUAUAUCUUAAAGGAUGACAUUGGCUAUGUUUGUCGUAUAUGUGGAAUUAUUCAGAAAAAAAUUGAUUCCAUAAUUGAAUACCAGUAUGCAAAGAAAACAAGUAAUAGAACAUAUAAAUAUGAAAAGGACUCCAUUAGAGAUGAAGAGGUGGAUGACAUUCUGCCUGGUAAGAUGCGGUCAUCUGGACAUGAUCUUGUUGCGACUGAAUUCUAUGCUCAUCCAAGGCACAGCAAGGUGAUGAAACCUCAUCAAGUUGCGGGUUUUAACUUUUUGGCGAGAAACCUUGUAAAUGAUAAUCCGGGUGGCUGCAUCCUGGCCCAUGCUCCAGGAUCUGGUAAAACUUUAAUGAUAAUCAGCUUUAUCCAGAGUUUCAUGGCAAAAGAUCCCUCAGCAAGACCACUUGUAGUGCUGCCCAAAGGUAUCUUGCCAAUUUGGAAGAAGGAAUUUUUGUCAUGGCAAGUAGACAAGGUCCCUUUACUUGAUUUUUAUUCUGUGAAUGCUACUGGUAGAACUCAGCAACUGGAAGUUCUGAAACAAUGGGUUAAUACACGAAGUAUUCUCUUCCUGGGAUAUAUGCAGUUUACUUCAAUUGUAUGUGACGAUAGUAGUGAUGAAAAUACUUCUACCUGUCAGAAAUUUCUGUUAAAGCGAACGUCACUUCUUAUCAUGGACGAAGGUCACACUCCUAGAAAUGAGGAUACUGAUCAGUUGGCUUCCCUUGAAAGAGUUGAGACACCUCGAAAGGUCGUGCUUUCUGGAACGCUUUACCAGAACCAUGUUAAGGAGGUCUUUAACAUUCUAAAUCUCGUAAGACCAAGGUUUUUGAAGCUGGAAUCAUCCAAGGAUUCUAAAAGGCGUAUAUUGAGUAUAAUAGAAACUACAAAGAAAGGGAACUUGUUUAAAAAAAGAGAUCAUGAAUUUUACGAAAUGGUAGAGGAAUCGCUCCUGCGAGAUGGCAACCUUGACCUGAAGGCAAACAUCAUACAAGGUCUUAGGGACAUGACUAGCAAAGUUCUUCACUACUACAAGGGUGAUUCCCUUGAUGAGCUUCCUGGCCUUGUUGAUUUCACAUUGUUUCUAAAUCUCAGCCCUCAACAGAAACGUGAAGUCGUAGAACUGAAGAAAUCGGGAGGAAGAUUCAAGAUGAGCUCUGACGGAGGCUCGAUAUAUGUGCACCCAGGUUUAAAAAGUCUUAUAAAGUGCACUGCAAGAAAAGACAGACUUGAUGAGAUCAGGAUUGAUAAGAUACUCAAGAAUUUGGAUAUUAAUUCUGGAGUAAAAGCCAAGUUUUAUCUUAAUCUGCUUCGUUUGUGUGAGUCGACUGGCGAGAAGCUCCUCGUGUUCAGUCAAUACCUUCCUCCCAUGAAAUUCCUAGAAAGAUUAACCAUGAAGCUUAAAGGUUGGAGUCUGGGUAAGGAAAUCUUUAUGAUCACAGGUGACCUGGAAAAUAAUGUUCGAGAAUUGCACAUGGAAAGCUUUAACAAUUCCUCGGAUUCCAGGGUUUUAUUCGGAUCUAUUAAAGCCUGUAGUGAAGGUAUAUCACUUGUGGGGGCUUCUCGCAUAAUUGUACUGGACGUUCAUGUAAACCCUUCAGUUACUCGCCAGGCGAUUGGGCGUGCAUUCCGACCAGGCCAGGUGAGAAAGGUGUACACAUAUCGACUGGUUGCUGCAGAAUCACCAGAACAGGAAGACCACUCCACUUGUUUUAAGAAGGAGUCUAUUCCGAAACUGUGGUUUGAGUGGAAUGGGGUCUGCCGUCCAGAAUAUUUCCAGCUAGAGAAACUCGAUGUGACAGAUUGUGGUGAUAAUUUCCUGGAAACCCCGAGUUUACAUGAAGAUGUUCUUUCCCUCUAUAAAAGGUAAAUGUCUGCAACUUGCAAUGUUUUGUGUUCAACAAAUCCAUCUUAAUUGAUGUUGAAUAGAAAUCGCAAGGCCUUCUCAGAACUUGUCACAACUCAUUGGCGUAUAUAGCAUGAUAUCACAUAGGAAUCUGUACAGUUCCUGUUCUUUUGUUACCGUAAAUGGAGCAUUUAGAAUUUACAGCCUGGAGCCAAUAUUCGAGUACCAGGCGUAUUAUUCAAACUAGUUGUAAUCUUUAGUUUCAGAAAGAAUGAUGCUUAUGCAUAUUUGACACUGGAGUCAGUGUCUAGCCUACUCAUUGUGGAGUGGGUUUUCUGAGACAUUCUUGCACAUCUAGAAUUGAGUUUAUUUAACGCAGUAGUAAAUCAUAAAUGUAUUUAUUGCAACUUAAUGAAAGGUUGUAUCAGUAGUCAAA